AUGCCACCCGUAGUUUUGAUCUUCCAACUGCUUCGUCUUUCUGUUGUAGGUCAAGGUGUUUCCAGACGCCAGCGGACAAUGUACACAGCAGAACAGCUUCAUUUGUUGGAGGGGCUGUUUGCCGUGAACAAGUACCCGGACCUGAGCGUGCGGCAACAGCUGGCAUCGCGACUCCAUCUUGCCGAGUCGAGAAUUCAGGUGUGGUUUAAGAACCGUCGAGCCAAAUUGCGUAACCUGCAGCAGCAGCAGCAGCAGCAGCAGCAGCAUCAAGUCCAGAGGAAUCAGAGCAUAUUCCACUCGUGA